AUGAACUCGUCGAGCUCGAGACAAAGAGCACAAGACUUCGCCAUACCGGAUACGCAGUUCAGUGGACUGACCGACUACCUGCACGAGACCCUCGGCGACCACCAGAUGAGCAUCCUGAUCGAGCAGACCAAGGAGACGUGCAUGGCCAUGCUGCAGAUGACGAGCUCCAUGGACGAGAUGAAGGAGCUGGUCCAGGCAGUCGAGAUUGCAACCAGCCGACGCGGUAUAGAGUCGGAAAUGCGCUCCUGGCUGCCGCUGGGAGAUGCCGUCGGGGCUGUAUCGGAGCGUCCACAGACACUCUUCGCGCAGCUGACACAAUUCCGAUACAGCAUAGCCAAGCUGGAGGCUCAGCCAGAUGACGGCGAGUUGAAGCUCAAGAGUCUCAAGCUCGAGGUCAAGCCCAACGAGCAACAACCGGAGAAUUUGAGCCUCGACGACACGAGAGCGACCGAAACCUCAGAUUAUCGGGUCCCGGCGACCUAUAUGGGCGGAGCGGCAUGGGUCGAGUGGAAGCCGUAUCGUAGCGUUCGAUAUGAGUACGAGGAUAAGCCUGGCCAAUUCUACUACCGGCCCACGAGGCUUGUCACGUCCAACCUCGAGCGGCUGGUGGCCAUCCUACACAUGGACGAUCGGCCGACGCAGUUCCGCGUGCCACUAUGUGCCGGGUACUACGUCGACGACAACCAACGGUUCGGGCUCAUCUACAGGGUGAACGGUACGGCACCACGGGCGGCGGAGAGCGAGAUCACAUCGCUGUCUCAACUGCUCCUGCUCCAGGACAAGCCGCCGCCUCCUCUUCAGAGCCGUAUCAGCCUGGCGACUGAGCUGGCUACCAGCCUCUACUUCCUCCACGCCGUCAAUUGGCUUCACAAGGGUCUCCGCGACGAGAGCGUGCUCAUCCCGACACGGGGCGGCAUCCCAGACUAUACCCAGCCCUACAUCAGCGGCUUCGAAUACUCCCGUCCAGAUGAGCAAGACCUGACCUCCACUGCGGCCUCCGAGGCCUGGGCUGUCUACACGCACCCGGACUACCUAGGCGUCGACAAAGUGGGGUACCGCAAGACGUUCGACAUGUACAGUAUGGGCAUCAUCCUGCUAGAGAUUGCCUGGUGGAAACCGGCCGACGAGAUUCUCGGCUUCAAGCAGCCUCCAAAGGCGCCGGGAGGCCCUGGCGAGACUGCGGGGAGGAUGAACGAGCCUCUUGCAAAGAAGUCAUACUCGAAAGAGUCGCUGCACGAUCUCAAGUACGUCAGGAAGCGUCUUCUCAUCGAUGAGCCAGCACUGCUCGAGCACGUCGCUGCAAUUAUGGGUUCUCGGUAUCGCGACGCAGUGAGGGCCUGCAUAGGAGGUCUCGAGGACGUCCAAUUCCGGACGGAGGUGGAUGAGUCGCGUGAGGUUGUUGCCACUGUGCUCCAGCAGGCGUAUUUGCGGCUGGUGGUAGAUGUCUUGCGAGGUAUUAAAGUGUAG